AUGGAAAAGUACCAGUCCACUGAGGUGUUCAAGACUUCACUUAUGGGUGAACCUGUAGCAGUUUUGUGCAGCCCCGCCGGGAAUAAGUUCCUGUUUAGUAAUGAGAAUAAACUGGUCACAAUUUGGUGGCCGAACUCUGUCAGGAAGCUGCUUGGACCCUGUCUAGCCACUACUAGUGGGGAUGAAGGGAAGCAAAUGAGGAAAAUGCUAUCUUGUUUCAUAACUCCUGAUGCAUUUACAAGGCUCUAUAUUAAAACUAUGGAUGUCGUAGCCCAGCAACACAUCAAUACUCACUGGCUAGGUAUGACUAUUGCACAAAUGAACGUAUAUAGUACAAUAUAUAUUUCUAAAUUCGGGUGUAUUCUGAUAUUCUUAAGACCAUUAAACUACAUAAUAUUUUUGUGUGAAGGUAAAGAAGAGUUGAAGGUGUUCCCAAUCAUCAAACUAUAUACGUUUGAACUUGCAUGUCGCCUCUUUAUGAGCCUUGAAAACCCUCAGCAAAUUGCCAAACUUGCUGCCCUGUUUAAUGUCUUCUUGAAGGGGAUAAUCUCAGUCCCUCUUAACUUCCCUGGAACAAGAUUCUUCAAUGCAAAGAGAGCGACAAUUGCUAUUAAGAAACAACUACAAACGAUAGUCAGAAACAGGAGAGUAGCUCUAGAACAGGAAACUGCUUCAGCUUCACAAGACCUUUUAUCACAUUUGCUAGCCCAUCCUGAUGAAAAUGGCAAGUUUAUGCCUGAAUCAGUUAUCGUGAAUAAUAUAUUGAUGCUACUCUUUGCUGGUCACGACACCUCUAGUGUUGCCAUAACUAUGCUGAUGAAGAGACUUGGACAACUUCCUCAAACUUAUGAAAAGGUAUUCAGAGAGCAAGGUGCAAUUGCAUCAUCCAAAGAAGCAGGGGAAUUUCUACAGUGGGAGGAUAUACAGAAGAUGAAGUACUCGUGGAAUGUAGUGUCUGAAACUAUGAGACUAUCACCACCUGUCAUAGGUGCUUUUAGAGAAGCGCUAGUCGAUUUUAAGUAUGCAGGUUAUGACAUUCCCAAGGGAUGGAAGUUAUACUGGAGUGCCUCUUUGGCGCACACAGAUUCUAGCUUGUUUCAAGAGAACAUAAAUUUUGAUCCAUCAAGAUAUGAAAGGGCAGGACCUAUUCCAUUUUCUUAUGUUCCAUUUGGAGGGGGACCCCGGAUGUGCUUGGGAAAAGAGUUUGCUCGACUGGAAAUACUUAUAUUUCUACACAACAUUGUUAAGAGAUUUCAAUGGGAUUUACUGAUUCCUGAUGAGAAAGUAGAAUAUGAUCCUUUGCCCACUCCAGUCAAAGGACUUCCAGUUCAUCUUCAUCCUCACAAGCCUUUAGAUGUUGUAGCUUCUUAUGUUGAUGCUUCAUUGCAUUAGUUGAAGAAAAUUGGAGAUUGAUAUUGAGAAAUAUAGUCAAUCCCAUGUAUUAAGUUUCAGCACUAGCUAGGUUCAUUGGAACUUUUGUCAGGAUUGAGGAAGAAACUCAAGUGCACUGAUGCAGAACAGGCAUCUUAAUCUUCACCUAGCUUAAAUAGAAUUUUAGUAGGUAAAAGUUUGUUCAAUGAAAAUUUCCACUGUAUUUCCUUGAGUAAAUUUUGGUCGUGUACUUGAUAUUCAUGAUAGAGAAAUGGAAUCAAGAAUUAAAAUUCA